GGGCAGGGGCGGCGGGGUCUGCAGCCGCGGUCCGUUCCCACGCCAGCGGGACGAGUGCGGCUGGGCGGUCUCGGGGCCAGCAGCCCUCUCUGCAUGGCGGCGGUGGGCGGGGAAACGGUGUGGUUCCCGGCUCCGAGAGGCCUGCUCGGGCUCUCCCUUAGAUACUAAAGAUGGGCCGUCGAGCCCGCCAGGACCUCUUACCGGAUGAGAAUCUCAGCAGGAAGAAUUCCUCGUCUGCUUCUCUCGGAGAGGGUCCACCACCUAAACCACCACGCCGGCAAGGAGGCUGGGCAGAUGAUCCUGUACUGGCACCUACCAAGUCAGGAAGAAAGCAUGGAGAAGAAGUAGAAGACCAUCGUCUCAGACAGCAGAGCCUGGAGACAUCAGAUGAUGGAGGAGACAUUCCCGUGAUCCCUGACUUGGAGGAAGUCCAAGAAGAAGAUCUGGCCAUGCAAAUGGCAGCUCCCCCCAGUGUGCAGGUGAACCGAGUGCUGACCUACCAUGACCUAGACAAAGAUCUAAUGAAGUAUGCUGCCUUUCAGACUCUGGAUGGAGAGGUUGACCUGAAACUUCUUACCAAAGUUUUGGCUCCGGAACAUGAACUACGAGAGGAUGAUGUCAGCUGGCAUUGGGACCAUCUCUUCACAGAAGUGUCCUCAGAACUAGUGGCUGACUGGGACCUAGGACAGUCUGAAAAAGAGGACCACCUUAGUGUGCCCUAGAGCACUGGCACACCAGAUAUCCAUAUAUCCAUCUCAUUUAUAAUAGCUUAAUACUUUACUUUUCUAUUAAUUUGUUUGUAUUUGAGAAUUUAUUUCAGACAUGAAAGUAAAUAGGACCUCGCUUCACAGGAAAACUGGCUCCAGAGAAGUUUGGGGUAUUUUGUAGGAAGAAUCUUUGUUCUGUGAAGAGAGUAAGAAUUCUAAACAUGAUAAAACAUUGACUUACUAACAGUGACUUCCACCUGACUAGCACCUUUCCUCUACAGAAAUGCAGCCUGGCAAGAGUGGGCCAUCUUAAAAGGGAGAGUGGUUUUCAGUGAUGGCUAUCAGAGAAGCAUGGGCUGAUACAAUUUGUUUGCUUAGGACAUCAAGGUUGCCAUCUUCCUCACAACAGAUGCCACAAGUUGUUAAGAUGCCCAUUUUACAUUUCAUCCCACAGCCUCCAGCCAUUCCCUGCCAGUUUAACUUGUCACCUAGAACAUUACCUCUGUAUUGACUCAGUGGAAGCAGCAUCACUUAUUGAACUGCCAGCACCGCUUCUUAUAGCACCUUUCUUUUCCCCUUGAGGUUUCCCAGCUAGACUCUGACUAAGCCUAACCCUGCUUGGCUUUGGCAGUCAGAUGAGAUCAGAGCCUGAACAGAGAUAGCUUCAGGCAAUAGGUAGUUUGUAAAGAAAAUACUGUUUAUUCCAGGCAUGUGAAAGAAUGGAGCCUGCUGCUCUGAAACAAGGUAACUCCCUGGUGGGUGUCUCCUUGGCACUAAGUAACCAACUCUUAUCAUCAUCCAAAGAAAAAUCUGUUUAGUUUCUAAUGCAUUAUCCCCAUAGGAUCAUGAUCAUUAUUUGCAGGAAACCGUUCUAUUACUUCUAAGCCAAUGUCCUUCAAAGCCUUGUCCCAUUGGAGAAUCUUGCUCUGUACUUGUGAGGGGCAGUGCAGGUUCUGGGAGGAAUGCUAGCAGUGCUGCUUUUCUUAGCUUGUUUGAUCAGUCUAGUAGAGCACUGCAUUCCCGUUCUUGUACUGAUAGCAGGAGAGGUCAAAUAACUCACUGAAUUCACUACUCUGAUGUGCCAGAAAACGCUACCAACAAGAGAGAAGCAAUUCAGUUUCAUUGUUUGGCCACCAAAAUAAGGGAAGGGUCAUCUGUCUCAAGCAGACACUAAGU